AUGUUUGGAAUCGGGACAUGGGCGUCCCAGACAGAGCCCAGAUGGUCGGCAUCGCGGUCUAACCCCGUGCUGGCAUCCCUCUUGUUUGCGACGACCUUAACUGGCAACUUCUUGAUGGUCGCUGAUCGGAGUUUGCAGAGCGCGUGGAACAUGUAUCCCCAACAUGGUGCCCCUAUGGCACCUCCCCAAAAGCCGGAGACAUUCAUGCUAUCGAGCGAAGCGCAACAAAGCCUCCCGCAUGAUUCGCAAGUCGCCCUGCAGCAAGUGGAUAACUUGAAAUACUUCCUCCUUUCUGCUCCUGUCGACUGGCAACCUGACCAGCUGAUUCGCCGCUUCCUUCUGCCGACCGGCGACUACGUUUCUUGCGUUCUCUGGAGCAACCUCUUCCAUAUCUCCGGUACCGACAUCGUGCGAUGCCUCGCCUUCCGAUUCCAGGCCUUUGGCCGUCCCGUGAAGAACUCCAAGAAAUUUGAGGAGGGGAUUUUCUCCGAUCUGCGAAAUCUCAAGGCUGGCACCGAUGCGACCCUGGAGGAACCCAAGAGUGCGUUCCUGGAUUUCCUGUACAAGAACAACUGCAUUCGCACCCAGAAGAAGCAAAAGGUCUUUUACUGGUACAGCGUGCCGCACGACCGGUUAUUCCUGGAUGCGCUCGAGCGAGACCUCAAACGCGAGAAGAUGAACCAAGAGGCCACCACGGUCGCCGUCAGCGAGCCGGCCUUGUCUUUCGAAUUCGACUCGUCCCAGUCCUUGUAUGAGCAGUUGACCAAGGCACAACAAGCGAAUUCCUCCUCGUUUGCUGCCCACGCCCACGCAAGUACGACAUAUGGCCCGCCCAGUUCCCCCGUGGUUCGGACCGUUGACGCAAUGCCUCCUCCCCAGAUGGCUCCCCCAGCGAUCCCGCUCCUUCAGGACGACCAUGGGAAUCCGACGAUGUACAGCGCUCCGCAUAUGCCCCUCUCGAACACUCUAGUCCAGAGCAUCAUUAAGCGCGACCAAGACUACGGGCCCAUCCAGUAUGACCGCAACGGAAUGCCUCUCGCCCGCAUUCACCAGCGCCAUUCCUCCAUGCCCACCUUCUACGAGUACUCACCCGCCCCGUCCUUCGUGUCCUCGCAGUAUGAAGAUUACAGCAACCGCGGUCUGUCUUUUGAGCCUGUGACCCCGCCGCAACAUUCAGUCGGACUUGGUGCUGAGCCCGCAUACAUCGCUAACGAGGACACGGGUCUGUACACGGCGAUUCCGGAUCUCUCCAGCGCCGCACCGUAUAACCCCAUGAUGCAGCUGCCGCCGUCGAACUUCGCCGGUGCUCACUACCCCAGUGCGUCUCGGUCCUACUCGUCCCAUGGGUACUCGGUCAUCGAGGGCUCUCCGACCUAUAAGCAGCGGAGACGACGACCGUCCAUCACCCCUGGGCCAGCCAACGGCACCCCUGGAGCGGUGAAUGGUCCUGCUCAAACUGCCCCCUCUUCGUUACCCCCAGCCUACGCUGCCCAUCGCCCAAGUGACCUUCGGCGCUCAGUGUCUAGCUCAGUGGCCCCGGUGGCAGAGGGCGAGGAGCACAGCCAUGAUCUAUCUCGGACAUACCCAAGCGCCAUCCUUCCUCAAAAGGACCUGCUGCAGGAAAUCCCACGUCAUGGGACCCCACUUCAAAACUUGGAGGAGCCCGUUGAUCACCUUCCAGUGCAAAUGACCAACCCUCCAGACGAUCUGGCAGCGCUCCCCACUAGUGCAGCUAUUGAAACAACGGUCCAAAACACCACUAGUCGGUCGGACCGUGCGGGACCUGGCCCUGCACGUCGCGCCCGGAGUGCCACCAUGAUGGAGCUGGGACCGUACCCGCAGAAGUCACACUCAUGCCCAAUCCCAUCCUGUGGUCGGCUCUUCAAGAGAUUAGAGCAUCUCAAGAGGCACGUGCGCACCCACACCCAAGAACGACCAUACCCCUGCCCAUACUGCAGCAAAGCUUUCUCGCGUUCCGACAACCUUGCACAGCACCGUCGUAUCCACGAGGCCCAACACGAUGGCCAAGGGCCUAUGGCCAACGAGGAUGACUUGGAGAAUGAUGGUAACGAGUUCGACUCCGCCGGUGAAGACUCGUCGCCGCCAGCGCACCCCGCCCCCCACAACAUGGUUCAGAUGCCCGCGAUGACUUCAAUGGCAUCCUCCAUGAGCAUGCCAUCCGCGAUGCCAGCCAUGGUCCAUGCACCCCAGAUGAUCGCUCCCCAGCUUCUCCAGCAGCAGAUGUAA